AUGAUGAAGAGAGUAUGUGCAGUAAGGAACUUGCACACAUACAAUCCAUCCUGUAGAAAAUCAUUUGGGAAAAAAUCUCCAACUUUGGAGUUUAAGCAACCGCCAGAUACUGAAUCCAAGAGACUUUCACCGGACGAUAUCAAAUUCAUUAGAGAAUCUUUCUUAAAGAGAACUAAUUGGCUGGAACCCAAUAUCCAACUAAAAUCACUACCACAGAUCUAUAGAGAAUAUGAGAAACGAUUCUUGAGCAGGUACAUCAGACCUUCCAAAUUUUGGUAUGAAACACUUUGGCUAAACAACGAUACGAAACCUCCAUUUAAUAAAUUAUUUCUCAACAACCCUUUGCCAGACUCUAUUUCGAAGAAACAGUUAUUGAACUUUGAUUAUAAUGAUUUAGCUAAAACUCCAUUAAAGAUUAGAGAUUUAGCCAUACUACGUGCGACACCUUCAGAACUUUCCAUGUGUGUACAAUUGCCUGAGAGUGUAGAGGACCCCAGAUACACAUUUGCAUCCAGAUCAGGGAAACUUUAUUUUGUUUACAGAAGUAUGAUCAAAAUUAGAAUCCCAUAUCAGGUACCGAAGGGAAUCCAAGGAUUAAUUCUGAAGGAAUUACAACAUGAGUUUUCACCCAUUGGAACUUUGAAAUCAAAUACAAAGGAUACUUUCAUACUACCGUACUUGGCUCGCAAUUUAUUAUCAAGAACUGGAUUAUCAGAUAUCAACAAAGCAGCAUCUUACCAACGUCCUAUCGUAAUGAAAAAAUUAGAAUUAUUGCAUCGUUAUUUACAAAAUGACAAGGGACCAACGAGCAUCCCAUUUACCCAUUUAAUUAACUUGGUUAAUAAACUUGAUUUAUCUCAGGCUCUUCAUUUACAAGCAGGGAAUGAUUACAUCAUUAAUUUGAUCAAAGAAGCUAAUGAUCCACCUUCAAUAAUGAAUGCUUCCUUAACCAUCGCCGUAUAUUGGUCUUUAGUUGAAUUAAGUGAGACAUUCCUUUGGGAUGGUAUCAAUAGAAAUUCUGCAUCACUAUUUCCAACCACAGUAACAGUACUGCCAUUACUUUCUUAUCGUGUCCAUUAUACUGAAUUGAUUGAAGAUCUAGAAAGGAAUAACUACAAGCAAUUAAACAAAUUUUCAAAUUUAGUGAAUGAUAAAAACUAUCAAGAAAUCGAACAAUCUUUCUCCAAAAUUAUUAACUUAUUACAAGAAUAUACAGCUGGGAAUUUACAAAAUAAUCCAAAAAUAACAACAUUAAUUUCCAAAUUAUUCAGGGGUAUCAAAGAAUAUCAACGUUGUGAUAUAACAAGAGACCUUUGUAAUGAACUGUUAAUGAAAUUCCCGUCAAUUAAACCAAACUCAAAUCCAUUAUUAAAGAAUCACGAUCUGGCGACACGUGCAGAUUCACAACAUGGUCAACGACAACAAAUUUUGUACGAUUACGUUAAACCCAAUGACUUGUUGAUACAGGAGUCACUUCGAGAUCGAUUUGACUUUGGUGAUCUAAGAGUAUAUUGCAUUGAUUCCGAAACAGCUCAUGAAAUUGAUGAUGGUAUCUCCAUUGAGAAGAAAUUCAACGGGAAAUUUACUCUUCACAUUCAUAUUGCUGACCCGGCAAUCUUUUUCCCAGAAUGUAACAAUGAGAAAGGAGUCCUUGGUCUUCAAGAUGAUGUCUUGAAAAUUGCAUAUGAAAACUCGUUCACAACUUACUUGCCAGACACUGUAGUCCCAAUGUUACCAAAAUCCUACUGUAAGAUGGCUGAUCUUGGUAUAAAUGGUAAGAAAACUCCCUCAAUAUCAUUUUCAGUGGAUGUAAUAUUAAAUAAAGAAAAGUCUAAUUUGAAAAUAUGUUAUGAUACUUUUCAAAUUAGGUUGGGUCUCGUUUCCAAUUUCCCCAAGGCAACUUAUGAUAAUGUUGAUGACAUUUUAUCAUCUGAAGUAAAUUCAGAACAAAAACUUCUACAAGAUGAUCUAAGGCAAUUAUCGAUGAUAGCGGGAAUAUUAAGAAAUAAACGAACACAGGAAAAUGGUGCGAUAACCUUUGGAGAAGGAUUCAAUAGAGGGACCCCCAAAUAUUCAGAAGAUUCAGAAACGGAGUCAGAUGUUAUUUCGUUUGUGGAUCAAAAAAACACCAAAUCAAAUGAACUUGUUACCGAAUUAAUGAUAUUAGCGAAUACAUUGUGUGGACGUUAUUUCAAAGAGAACAAAAUUUUUGGAGUGUAUAGAUGCUAUAACGAUUUGAAUUUAGAACCAAAGGCUAAAAUGCAAUACAAUAAAUUGAGAGAAGAGUGCAAAAAUGGAAAAUUGCCAACUUUAGAAGAUAUUGUUAAAGUUCAAUCAUUAUUGAAUUCGAGUUAUUACUCUGAACACCCCAGUAGACAUGAUAUGAUCGGUUCAGAACAGUACUUGACCGUAACAUCCCCAUUACGUCGGUUUACAGAUUUAGUCAGCCAUAUUCAAUUGCAUAAUCAUCUCAAAGGGCAUCCAUUACCAUUUAACCAAAAGGCAAUUCGCAAUUUUGUUCCUCACAUUCAAUCAAGAGCGGAUAAAUUAAGGAAAAUAAGUACGGAAUCCAAUGUAUGCAUGACUUUGUCUUACCUCAAGAAUCUUUUGAAAACGAAACCAGAUACCAUGUUUGAUGUAAAGAUCACGUCAGUUCCAUCUGAGGGAAGAGCCAGAUGCCUGAUCCCCGAGUAUUCUUUCGCUAGAGGAGAGAUAAGAUUAAGUCCAAGCUUGAAAGUAUAUCCUAAAGUUGGCGACACUGUAAAUAGUUGUAAAGUCGUCAAAAUAUCCUGUGUGGAUGGGAUACUGGAGUUCAAUAAGUAA